GCCCCGGGAGCUAAUCGCGGCGGCGAGCCGGGGUCACGGGGGGUUUGAAUCGCCCAAUGGGGGAGCUGCGGGCAGCGUCCCAGAAGCGGACCCGGAAGUUCGGCGGCGGGUCCCGCUGCUGCUGCUGCUUGUCCUGCCCUUGCUGCUGCCCCCUGCCCCGCCCCCCCUCGCCUCGGCCCCGGGCUCCCCAUGGCGGUGGCAGCAGCAGCAGCAGCACUAACUAUCGCCGCCUCGCCGCCAAUUUCGAGGAGAUCCUGAGGCGGCGGCUCCGAUCCCGGCUCGGCCCUACAUGGUUUCCCCCCUCCAGCAAAAACGAGAUAACUGCAGUCUCAGCACAAAGAAAAGUGUCACAAGGAGCUGAGGAUCUUAUGCUAACUAAACACAAACAGAAAAUGAAAGGGGAUACUGUGAACGUGCGCCGAAGUGUCCGGGUGAAAACCAAGGUCCCAUGGAUGCCUCCAGGCAAAACAUCCAUCCGGGAGUCUGCCUAUAAGUGGGAGGGACCAACCCAUCGCUUGGAAAUUACUCCUCCAGAUUCAGAAAAACUUCUCUCGGUGCUGCGUCUGAGUGACCUCUCUACGGAUGAGGAGGAUGCUAUUCACAGCAAAAUGAACAAAUAUGAAAAAAAGAUAGAUAGCCUGAUGAAUGUAGUGGGGACACUGAAGAAUGAGGCCAAGAUGCAGAAGCGGGAGGAACAGCAGCAGAUUGCAAAGCGUCUCCUCGAAGAGCAGAAGGAUGAGCUAGAUGAAGUCACACAGGAGCUGGUGGAGACAGAACAUGAAAAUACCUUGCUCCGACGUAACAUUGAGCGCAUAAAGGAAGAGAAAGAUAUUACUUUAAUGCAGAAGAGGCACUUACAACAUGAGAAGGAGUGUUUGAUGUCCAAGUUAGUUGAGGCGGAGAUGGACGGAACUGCAGCAGCCAAACAGAUUCAUGCGCUGAAAGAUACGAUUGGGAGACUAAAAAAUGAGAAACACAUGACCGGCUCAGAUAUUAAUACACUGACAAGGCAAAAAGAGCUGCUGCUACAGAAAUUAAGCACUUUUGAAGAAACCAACAGGACACUCCGUGAUCUACUUAAAGAACAGCACAACCGGGAGAAAGAUGCGCAGAAGUUGAUGGAGCAGCAGGGGUUGCUGCUAAAAAGGCUGGCUGACUCGGAUGCAGAGAAAGCGAAUCUGAAGAUGAGGCUACAAGAGAAAGAGAAAGAGGUGGAAGAUCUCAACAUUCAAAUACAGACAGAAAAGGAUCAAGCGAAGACAGCAUGUGAACUUUCCAAAUCUAUGGAGGCUGUGAGAGGCCACUUACAAGCGCAGCUGCGAAAUAAAGAAGCUGAAAAUAACCGUCUGGCUAUUCAGAUCCGGAACCUGGAGCGCAGUGGGGCUCAACAUAAGUCAGAGGUGGAACAUAUCAUGGAACAGCUGCAAGAGCUGAGGCAGAAGGGGGAGCGUGAUAAGGAGGCCCUGAAGAAAGCCGUACGAGCCCAAAAAGAGCGGGCAGAGCGCAGUGAGGAAUAUGCAGAGCAGCUCAAUGUUCAGCUAGCAGAAAAGGACAGUUACGUUGCUGAGGCACUGUCCACUUUGGAGUCCUGGAGGAGCCGCUACAACAAAGUGGUGAAGGACAAGACUGACCUGGAGCUUGAGAUUGUUAUGCUGAAUAGCCGUAUUACAGACUUGUUAGAGCAGCAGACCUCCAUGGAGGACAAAAUGCGUGAAGAUAGGGAUGCUCUAGUGGAUAAACUGCACCGACAGACCACAGAGACCACAUCUUUCAAACUGGAUAAUGAAAGGCUAAAGGCUACCAUGGUCCCACUGGAGGAGAAGCUGAACCAAGCUCAGAUGGAGGUACAGCAACUCAAGGCAUCUCUCAGGAAUUAUGAAGGGUUGAUUGAAACCUAUAAAUCUCAGGUAUUGAGAACCCGAAUGGAAGCCGAUGAGGUGACGGUAAAAUUGGAGCUUUGUGACAAAGAGAAUAAGACACUAAAAGAUGAAAUGAACAAGGAGAUUGAGAUGGCUCGGAAGCAGUUCCAGAGACAGCUUGCUGAAUUAGAAAAGCUGCCCGAAAUCCUGAAGAUCACAGAGACAAAGCUGGCAGAAUGCCAGGAUCAGCUCCACAGUUAUGAAAAAAAGAACAUGGACCUCUCUGCCAUGAUUACAGAUCUUCGUCAGCGGAUUGAGCUCCAGGGUGACAAAAUGGAAAUGACAAGAGAGAAGUAUCAGUCUGCCCAGGAGGAGAACAAGCAGCUGAUCUUGAAGCUAGAGGAGCUGGAGAGGAAACUAGAGACGACAGGUGCACAGAACAUAGAGUUCCUUCAAGUCAUAGCUAAAAGGGAGGAGUCAAUCCAUCAAUCCCAGCUGCGAUUGGAGGAGAAAACUCGUGAGUGUAGCUCCUUGGCACGGCAGCUUGAGAUGGCCAUUGAAGAUGCCAAAAGACAGGUGGAACAAACAAGGGACCGAGCAGCAUCUAGAGAGAGAUCUGCUCAGUCCAAGAUGUUGGAGUUGGAGACCCAGCUGAGCCGGACAAAAACAGAACUAAACCAGCUGCGUCGGAACAAAGAAGACUCAGAGCGCCGAUACCAAAGUCGCCUACAGGACUUAAAGGACCGCCUGGAGCAGUCUGAAAGUACCAAUCGCAGCAUGCAAAACUAUGUCCAAUUUCUCAAGUCUUCUUAUGCCAAUGUCUUUGGAGAAAGUGCCUUAUUGAGCUCACCUAUCCGUUCCCGAUCGCCUCCAUGAUCAUAGUUCCCUCCCUGCUCCUUUGCUAUUGAGAGGUACAAAAGGGGGGCCCUAUUUCAAAGCCAUAUCUUGUCUAAAAACCUGGCUGGGAUUUCAGAGUCAGUGUAAAGAGAAAUCUUCCUCUUUCUCAUUGUCUGGGUGAGAUGCAGUUGUCGGUUUGGAGAUUGGCCAUGUUCAAAACCAUCUGAAUACAAGUAUGUGGGGAAUGCUUUCCCUUUCAUCUCCUAAUUUCUUUUAACUAACCCGGUGGGCUUUUUAAACAUAUUAGGUUUUUUUUUUAAUUUUGUAACCAUUUCAUCUCUUACUUUUUGCUUUUUCUACCGAAUGCUCUUUUCUCAUGCUGCAAAGAUCAUGUUUGUUUAACUCUCGCAUACUGUGUUGAUACAGCUGACCAAUGGGGACGUUAGGAGAUAGUGCCAUCACUGUGUGAACCCAAUACUGAAAACUGAGUGUCUGGGAUCCCCGUGUAAAAUGGAUUACCUCCUGAUCCUCCAUCCUUUCUAAAUUCUGUACUGGGGAAGAAUGAAAUUGUAUUUUUGAAAGGCAUCUCACCUGAUUCAUGUCUAAUCCUUAUUAUUUUUUUAGUGUAUGGUUCAUAUGUGUUAAUGCUUGUAAUCUGCAUAUUUUCUGGAUGACCUUUUCUUCCCAACAACCUGAUCAUGCAUUCCUUGCACAUCCCAGAGUCUGAGCCAAAGUCCAUUUGAAGUCCAUGAAAAGAUUCCCAUUAAUUUAAGUGGGUUUUGAAGCAAGAUGCCAGUCUGUAUAUAGUGGGAGUUCUGAGUCAUCUUUAGGAAACAAAAUAAAAAGACAGACCUGAUGCUUGGCUUUGCCCUCAAAGCCAGUCUGCACAUACUCAUGUGACACACAGUCAUCUCUGGCAUGUGAAGGAAUGUUAAGGACUGUGGACUCUACUGUGCCCCAGUAAGCAGCUGUUCUGAAAUAUAGUAAACAUUUCAUUUCAACUCCAGCUGUGUGGCUGGGGGACUUUUUGGUGUGGUUUUUUUUUAAUUGUUUAUAUGAAAUGUAUUCAUCAAUGGAAUGUUUGAUAAGAGUUUUCUGUGUUUCUUUUAAUCAGUAUUUGAAAGUUCCGUUUUAAUGUGUAACUUAAAAAAAAUCCAAAAGGUGCUAUAAAAUUAUUGAACUUCA